UCUGCGGUGCAGGGAUGUAUAGGGGGGUGCACGGUUCUAUAGGGGGGUGCACGACUGCGGGAGGUGUGCACGGCCGCGGGGUGCGUACUUAUGGAGGCUGUGCACGCCGGCGAGGGAGUUUGCACGGCUCCGGAGAGGGUGUGCAUGGCUCCGGCCGCCCGGAGGAAGCAGCCUGUGCCGCAGGUGCAUCCCCGGAGUGGGGGGAGAUGAGGCGCUUGCUCUGGAGGAGACCAGUGAGGAGCUGCACUGCAGCCCGCGGUGCUGAGCCCCAGCGAUGCACCUCCAGCUCCUCCGCCAGCUUCCCGCUGCCAGAGAACCUGAGCCAGGAGCCUGCCCAGGGCCAGCGGCGCAUGAACCCCCUCAACAUCCAGAUGCUGUCCAGGACCCUCCACGAACAGAUCUUCCGGGGUGCCCAGGUGCGCUACUCGGCAGCUGAUAUCCAGAGGAGCGUGGAGCACCUGCAGCGCCACGACCUGUGGGGCAAGGAGACCUCCACGCUGCCCGACGUGGACCUGCAGCUGCCUCGCAUGUACGGGGACAACAUCGACGAGCAUUUUCGCAUCCUGGCGCAGAAGCAGAGCUUGCCCUACUUGGAGGCGGCCAACGAGCUGCUGCAGUGCGAGCUGCCCCCCGUGCCCGCGCAGUGGGCAUGGCAGCAGGGCUGGACCCGCUACGGCCCUGACGGGCAAGCAGAAGCUGUCGACUUCCCCGAGGAGCGGGCGGUGGUGUUGGACGUGGAGGUGUGCGUGGCCGAUGGCCACUGCCCGACGCUGGCUGUGGCGGUGUCACCACAUGCCUGGUACUCGUGGUGCAGCAAGCGGCUGCUGGAGCAGCGCUACUCCUGGUCCAGCCACCUCACCCUGGCCGACCUCAUUCCCCUGGAGAGCCCAGCGGGCGCCAGCUGUGCCGGCAAGCAGGACUGGCCGGAGAGAGUGGUGGUAGGACACAAUGUGGCUUUCGACCGGGCGUUCAUCAAGGAGCAGUACCUCAUCCAGGGCUCCCAGGUGCGUUUCCUGGACACCAUGAGCAUGCACAUGGCCAUCUCAGGGCUGACGGGCUUCCAGCGCAGCCUUUGGAUGGCAGCCAGGCACGGCAAGAGGAAGGGGCUGCAGCAGGUCAAGGAGCACAUGAAGAAAACGCGGAGCAAAGCGGAGGGACCAGCUAUCACGUCGUGGGACUGGGUGCAUGUCAGCAGCAUCAACAACCUGGCAGACGUGCACGCUCUGUACGUUGGUGGGGAGCCGCUGGAGAAGGAGGCGCGGGAGCUCUUUGUGAAGGGGACGAUGGCUGACAUCAGGAGUCACUUCCAGGACCUGAUGUCUUACUGCGCCCAUGAUGUCCAGGCCACCCAUGAGGUGUUUCAGGAGCAGCUGCCGCUCUUCAUGGAGAGGUGCCCCCACCCUGUGACGUUUGCAGGUAUGCUGGAGAUGGGGGUGUCCUACCUGCCAGUCAAUGGGAACUGGAAAAGGUACCUGGAUGAUGCUCAGAGCAUCUAUGAGGAGCUGCAGAAGGAGAUGAAGAAGUCCUUGAUGAACCUGGCCAAUGAUGCCUGCCAGCUGCUGCACGAGGACAGGUACAAAGAUGACCCCUGGCUCUGGGAUCUUGAGUGGGACACGCAGGAGUUUAAGCAGAAGAAGAAUCCGGGCAAAAAGAGGAAGGAUCAGAACAGAAACAGCAAAGCCCCCGUGGCAGCAGCGGGUGCAGAUGGGACCACGCAAGAGUGGCAAGAGGACCCUGGUCCCCCUGGUGAGGAUGAGGAGCUGGAAGCCCCUGCAAGCCAGGUCCACCUGGAGCGUCUCAAGGAGACGGUUGUGCUGCAACCCAAGAGACUCCAGCACCUUCCAGGCCACCCGGGCUGGUACCGCAAGCUGUGCCCACGCCUGGAGGAUGCCGGGUGGGUACCGGGACCCAGCCUUAUCAGCCUGCAGAUGAGGGUGACCCCCAAGCUGAUGCGCCUGGCUUGGGACGGCUUCCCCCUCCAUUAUUCGGAGAAGCACGGCUGGGGCUACCUGGUGCCAGGGCGGCAGGACAAUUUGCCAGCAGCCCCCUUGGAGGAGAAGGGCCCUGUCUGCCCACACAGGGUGAUCGAGUACCUGUACAGGCAGCACUGCCUGGAGAAAGGCAAAGAGCAGCUCCCGGGGCCAGAGGCUGCUGUGGAGGAUGAGAUGCUGGUGAUGGACGGCAGCACCAUGUGGCAGAAGGUGGAGGAGCUGAGCCGGCUGGAGGUGGAUGUGGAGGAGAAAAUGGGCAGAGCAAACCAAAGCCUGGUGCAGGAGGACGCGGAUGAGCUGUGCGAGCUGGCGGAGGUGAGCAGCCGGCCAUCCCACCACCACGGCAACGGGCCCUACAACGAUGUCAACAUCCCUGGGUGCUGGUUCUUCAAGCUGCCUCACAAGGACGGGAACGAUAACAACGUGGGAAGCCCUUUUGCCAAGGAUUUCUUGCCCCAGAUGGAGGACGGCACCCUGCGAGCUGCCGUGGGCCGUACCCACGGGACCAGAGCCCUUGAGAUUAACAAAAUGAUCUCGUUUUGGAGGAACGCUCACAAGCGGAUCAGUUCACAGAUGGUGGUGUGGCUGAAGAAAGGGGAGCUGCCUCGCACGGUGACCAGGCACCCCGACUAUAACGAGGAGGACGAUUACGGAGCCAUCCUGCCACAGGUGGUGACCGCAGGCACCAUCACCCGCCGGGCAGUGGAGCCCACCUGGCUGACGGCCAGCAACGCCCGGGCUGACCGGGUGGGCAGCGAGCUGAAAGCCAUGGUCCAGGUGCCACCCGGCUACUCCCUGGUGGGAGCAGACGUGGAUUCCCAGGAGCUCUGGAUCGCCGCUGUCCUCGGCGAGGCACACUUUGCCGGCAUGCAUGGCUGCACGGCUUUCGGCUGGAUGACUCUGCAGGGGAAGAAGAGCAACGCCACAGACCUGCACAGCAAGACGGCCGCCACGGUGGGCAUCAGCCGGGAACACGCCAAAAUCUUCAACUACGGGCGCAUCUAUGGGGCCGGGCAGCCCUUUGCCGAGCGGCUGCUGAUGCAGUUCAACCAUCGGCUGACCCAGCAGCAGGCACGCGAGAAGGCUCAGCAGAUGUACGCGGUCACCAAGGGUGUGCGGAGAUUUCUUCUCUCUGAGGAAGGGGAGUGGCUGGUGAGGGAGCUGGACCUGGCUGUGGACAGGGCAGAGGAUGGAUCCGUGUCACUCCAGGAUGUCCAGCGGCUCCAGAGAGAAGCCACGAAAAGGUCCCGGAGGAAGAAGAAGUGGGAUGUGGUGGAGCACCGAGUGUGGGCUGGAGGCACUGAGUCCGAGAUGUUCAACAAGCUGGAGAGCAUCGCCUUAUCCCCAUCCCCACAGACCCCGGUGCUGGGCUGUCACAUCAGCAGGGCCCUGGAGCCUGCUGUGGCCAAGGGCGAGUUUCUGACCAGCAGAGUGAACUGGGUGGUACAGAGCUCAGCCGUCGACUACCUGCACCUCAUGCUGGUGGCCAUGAAGUGGCUUUUCGAGGAAUUUGACAUCAAGGGGCGCUUCUGCAUCAGCAUCCACGAUGAGGUGCGCUACCUGGUCCAGCACCAGGAUCGCUACCGGGCAGCCCUGGCCCUGCAGAUCACCAACCUCCUCACACGGUGCAUGUUUGCCUAUAAACUGGGCCUGCAGGAUCUGCCCCAGUCCGUGGCUUUCUUCAGCGCGGUGGAUGUUGACCAGUGCUUAAGGAAAGAGGUGACCAUGAACUGCACAACGCCCUCCAAUCCAACCGGGAUGGAGAAGAAAUACGGCAUCCCACAAGGAGAAGCACUGGAUAUCUAUCAGCUAAUUGAAAUAACCAAAGGUUCACUGGAGAAGAAAUGAUGACGCUAGAGUGCCAGAAUGACAACUGUCCAGAUUGUGUGCCAGAGCCUGGCUGUCCUUUCAGGAGAUCUUUUGGCAGGGACUGAUCCUGCUCCUCUUUCCUUUCUUCUGUAAGAAAGGGUGUUUCUGGGGAAGAAGGUCUUAACCGUAGUGUGUCUGAGGGCAGCAGCUAGCUGUAAAACCUGAUACAAAGGCCAGAAUCACUGCUUGCACACCCAUGGGCACAAAGGAAGAAGUCAUAAGUGUUUAUUUGGCAAGAGAAACAACAAACCAUCUCCAAAGUCAAGGUGAGGCCGCCACAGAACAGGCACUGGGAGGAGGGAGCAGCAGCUUUAUUUUUUUCGCCGUUUCUUCUUCUUGGGUUCCUGGUUCUCAUCUGUCUGCUCUGCUGUGCAGCUCUGGAGAAGGGAUGGAGAGAGUAGCAGUACAGACUGUGAUUGCUUUUGUGUGGCUAGUUUAAGGAAUGUUUAUCUAAAGCAAGAAACCAGAUGAGCAGAACAGGAUUUAGCUCUUUUUCCCUAAAAAAAUGACGUGACUAUGGGACUCCUCUCACCCACUGAGACUUUCCCUGUGGUCCCUCCCCAAUUCACGCUGUAACUUAGCCCACAGAUUAACAGUGGCACAGAAGAGGGGCUGUUUGUGCUGGGUUUUGGUUUGUUGAAACACUCAGGAAAAUAUGGACAGAAGCACCAAUAAAAACCUGGACAAUCAGCAAAGUAAA